AUGACUUCUGUCUACAGUGACUUGGCCGAGCUUGCGCCGUCCAUUGGUGGUUGUGUUCGCCUGCAAGCCCGACUGAGCUAUAUCACAGAGAGUAAUAGUGCCCCCCAUACUGUACUCCGUACUCCCCGUAGAACCAGCUACUGCUUUUCGACCUUCCUUGAUGGGACUGUAACUACCCCGGUUUGCCGGUUCCCGCCAUCCACGGAUGACUUCCAUGCCGCUAUUCGCGCCUCCGCCACUACGCAGGCUGGCUUCCCCAAGUCGGGCCCCGUACCCACCUCCAUCUCCAACUACACGCUUGGUUCGGAUUUGCUGUAUAUAUAA